GAGCAAAUCUGUAAUAAGUCUAAAGUCUAAAGCAACCGGGCCGGCGUUUGCUGCUUUUGCAAGCACUCCACCAAACUACCCAAGUCUGAGAUUUCAGCAGCGGAUUUAUGAGUUGAAAGAUCACCACAGCUACGAGUAGAUGCGCGAUGGACAACAAGAAAGUCGUCGUCUGCGACAAUGGCACCGGGUAUGUCAAGUGUGGUUUUGCAAAUGAGAAUUUCCCCACAUCUGUCUUCCCUUGCGUGGUGGGGAGGCCAAUGCUACGAUAUGAAGAAUCUCUUAUGGAACAAGACAUCAAGGAUGUUGUUGUUGGAGAUGCCUGCUUAAAGUUGCGGCACCAGUUGGAUAUAUCUUAUCCUGUCAACAAUGGCAUUGUGCAAAAUUGGGAUGAUAUGGGGCAUGUCUGGGACCAUGCAUUUUUUAAUGAAUUGAAGGUUGAUCCAACAGAAUGCAAAAUCCUGCUUACUGAUCCACCUCUCAAUCCAUCAAAAAAUCGUGAAAAGAUGGUUGAAACCAUGUUUGAGAAGUACAACUUUUCUGGUGUAUUCAUUCAGAUUCAAGCUGUUCUAACGUUAUAUGCUCAAGGUUUACUGACGGGACUAGUCAUAGAUUCUGGCGAUGGUGUUACUCAUGUGGUUCCAGUUGUUGAUGGUUACUCAUUCCCUCACCUUACAAAAAGGAUGAAUGUAGCUGGGCGUCAUAUAACUUCUUAUCUAGUUGAUUUGCUAUUCCGGAGAGGGUAUGCAAUGAAUAGAAGUGCUGAUUUUGAGACUGUCAGGGAUAUCAAAGAAAAGCUCUGCUACAUUAGUUAUGAUUAUAAGCGAGAAUAUCAAUUGGGGCUUGAGACCACUAUCCUUGUUAAGAAUUAUACUCUUCCAGAUGGGAGGGUAAUCAAAGUGGGCACUGAGAGGUUCCAAGCACCUGAAGCUCUUUUCACUCCCGAACUCAUCGAUGUCGAAGGUGAUGGAAUGGCUGACAUGGUAUUCCAUUGCAUUCAGGAAAUGGAUAUUGACAAUAGGAUGAUGCUUUACCAACAUAUAGUUCUAAGUGGAGGGAGUACAAUGUAUCCUGGCCUACCUAGCCGCCUGGAGAAAGAGAUUUUGGAUCGCUAUCUUGACGUUGUUUUGAAAGGAAACAAGGAUGGGUUGAAGAAACUGCGGUUAAGGGUAGAAGAUCCUCCAAGAAGAAAACAUAUGGUGUAUCUUGGAGGUGCAGUUCUAGCAGGAAUUAUGAAGGAUGCACCCGAGUUUUGGAUCAGUAGACAAGAUUAUAUGGAGGAAGGAGUUGCUUGCUUAAGCAAGUGUGGCCAGGCAUGAGUUUUAUAAUGCAUUCCCCAUUCCACAUCACUUAUUUUAGCAAAUGCUACACUGAUAAUCUCGAUGCUGAUCCUGUUAAGGAUUUGAGUUUGCAGUUAAGUGACAUGGCUCUCUUACUGAAGCACUUGUUAAUUGUUAUAGCCCAGAGACAGUACUGUAAUUAGUGUGGUAGUCCUCCCAAAGAGAAAAGAGAAACAUACAGUGUAUCAUUGUAAUCUUAUUGCUAGUUCAAUUUACCUUAAUUGUUCCCUCGUCAA